GACCCGCCGUCCUCCUGCAGUGCCGGCCCGAUAGGCGAUGACCUCUUCCACUGGCAAGCCACCAUCAUGGGCCCCGGCGACUCCCCCUACUCCGGCGGCGUCUUCUUCCUCGCAAUCCACUUCCCCACCGACUACCCCUUCAAGCCGCCCAAAGUCAACUUCACCACCCGCAUCUACCACCCCAACAUCAACAGCAACGGCAGCAUCUGUCUCGACAUUCUGCGCGACCAGUGGAGUCCGGCGCUGACCAUCUCCAAAGUCCUCCUCUCCAUCUGCUCCAUGCUCACAGACCCCAACCCCGACGAUCCCCUCGUCCCGGAAAUCGCACACGUCUACAAGACUGAUCGUUCCCGCUACGAGGCAACCGCCCGGGAGUGGACGCGGAAGUACGCCAUCUAG